UGAAAACAGGCACCAAAGUUCUAGCUCGUGCGUUAGCUAGCUGGCUAUCUUACCCGCCCUGGUGUGAAAUCGCCCUUUUAAACUCCUCAGUAGCUUAAUUAUCUCUGCAUUUCGAACUUAACGUUAUAUUAAGUUAGGGACCGCUGUCAACAGCCAGUCGUUUAACCAUUUAAGCUAGUUAGCGAGCUAGCUGGUCACAAAGAGAGUCAAUGGACAGCGAAAUGUCUGAUAUGGACCAGCCUCCUACUGUGGACAACAGCUGCUUAGAAGAGGAGAAUGCACCUCUCUACUGCAUUUGUCGAAAACCGGACAUCAACUGCUUCAUGAUUGGUUGUGACAACUGUAACGAGUGGUUUCAUGGCCGCUGUAUAAAUGUGACCGAGAAAAUGGCCAAAGCUAUCAGAGAGUGGUACUGUCAACAUUGCCAAGAAAUAGAUCCAUCCCUUGAGAUAAAAUACCGGCCUAAGAAGACACGAGAGAAGGAGGCUGAACCGGAGAAGGGGGAAAAACGAUCCAGUACUCCAGAUUUCACACUUGAGAGGCGCCGUGGAUCUAAAGUGAAGAGGUCUGCACGUAUGUGUGGCGAGUGUGAACCGUGCCGGCGCACCGAGGACUGUGCUCAGUGUGACUUCUGCAAGGACAUGAAAAAAUUUGGGGGCCCAAACAAAAUCCGUCAGAAAUGUCGACUGCGUCAGUGUGUAGUUCGCGCGCGGAAAAUGUUGCGUGUCCGAGAUGCGGAGCUUUCCCUGCGUGAGAGGAGGGAGAUGUCGUACAGAGACCGACGAUACUUGGACGAUUACGAUGAGAAUGAGAUGGAGCUGUACCAGCACUACACGGAUGCGAACAUGCCAUGGGGCAGCGAAGACGAGGACGGCCCAGUUUACAGCCCAGCCCGGCGCAAAAAAGCCAUAAAAGUCAAGCAUGUUAAGCGGCGAGAAAAGAAGUUUGACAGAAAGAAGGAAUCCCGCCGUCACAGGCAGAAGCAGAAGCACAAAGAGCGCAUGCGACACGGCGACCGGGCCGAUGCCCACCACGGCAGCGAUGUGCGCCAGUGCUUGGGUCCCAACUGCAUCGACGCGGCACGCCCAAACUCCAAAUACUGCUCCGAGGACUGUGGAAUGAAACUUGCUGCCAAUCGGAUCUAUGAGAUCCUGCCCCAGCGGAUCCAGCAGUGGCAGCAGAGCCCGUGCGUGGCCGAGGAACUAGGCAGGAAGCAGCUGGAGCGAAUCCGGCGGGAGCAGCAGGCGGCACGCCUGCGCCUGGCAGAGAUGGAGCGCCGCUUCCACGAGCUGGAGGGCAUCAUCGCCAAGGCCAAGCAGCAGGUGGUGCAGCAGGACGAGGAGGUGAACGAAACAGAAAGUGAAGACACGGAUCUGCAGAUCUUCUGCGUGUCCUGCAGUCACCCGAUUAACCCCAAGGUGGCGCUCAGACACAUGGAAAGGUGUUAUGCUAAGUAUGAGAGCCAGACAUCUUUUGGUUCCGUUUUUCCAACACGAAUAGAAGGGGCAACAAGACUCUUCUGCGAUGUGUAUAACCCCCAGAGUAAAACUUAUUGUAAGAGGCUUCAAGUCUUGUGUCCAGAACACUCUAGAGACCCCAAGGUUCCGGUAGACGAGGUGUGUGGGUGUCCUCUAGUGCGGAACGUCUUUGAGCCGACAGGAGAGUUCUGCAGGGUGGCCAAGCGCAAAUGCAACAGGCACUAUUGCUGGGAGAAGCUCCGCCGGGCCGAGGUCGAUCUGGAGCGCGUCCGAGUGUGGUACAAGCUGGAUGAGUUGUUUGAACAGGAGCGCAAUGUAAGGACAGCGAUGACGAACAGAGCAGGACUGCUGGCCCUCAUGUUGCACCAGACCAUUCAGCACGAUCCACUGACCACAGACCUGCGAACCAACAAGGACAGAUAGCCAUGCCUCCCAACAAGGACAGACGGCCACAGCCAUUCCCUCCUCCCUCCCGGCAAGGACAGUUAGCAAUCCCUCCCUCCCCACCUCCCAAGAAGGACAGACAUCCUCUCUACUGGUUUCUGUAUUGUAAAUAUUUGCAGACAUCUGUUGGCUUUGUGCAGUGUUUUGUUAACGUCUUUGUCUAAAAUUGGGCAGAUUUGAUUUUACUAAAAAUUUUUUUUUUUGCAAUUUGUAGAUCUCAUUAUUCACCUUAUUGGACCAGAUUAUUAUCUUUUAUUGUUUCAAUAUAGUAAGUAAUUUAAACAAACGACAGAGGGUAGAUGAACUAAUGAAAGUAAUAAUAAUAGAACAGUCUUGUAAUGGUACCAUCAUGGUUACCUCUGGUCGCAGUCCUGAUGUUUUGUAGGUGCAUGACUGGAACCCUAAACCAGGUGUACCCUCCUUCGGGUAUUGCAGAUUCUCGGUUCCUCCCCUGCAGCUCUCGCCUCCUCCAGAACGAAGCAUUGCUUUCCUUUCCUCUGAUGGCGUCUGUUGGGGAGUUGGGAAGGAUCCUAGCCCAGCUCGGCUUCCUGUGGCGCAGCCUUGCCUCUGCUUCCUGGAUGACCUCCUCAAUCCUCCACUUGCCCGUUCUCGCUUGAAUCGCUGCUCCAGCCACCUUCAGAGCACUCGGUUUUCUGUACUGUACCACUUGUCUCACUCAUUUUACCUUACAUUUUUCCUCCAAGGACCCACUGUACCAGUUUUUUGUGCCCCUGAAGCCUGGAAAUGAUCCUGUGCUGUCUGUGAGGUCCUCUAUAUAUGCCCUGAAUGGUAGAUUUGAUUCUUGGCUGUGCACAGCAGGGUUAGGGAGCUAUUGAGGCUACGGAGAAAAUUACGACUGAGACUCCAUGGCUCCCAGCUUUUGAGCCACAGUAUCUUCUGGUAAUUAAACACAAAGGAUAGGUUUUAAACAGAAUAGUCUUAAACAAAAAUGAUUAUGGUGUUGUACUCCACCUCCGCAUAAUUGAAAUCGUAAUCCUGUACACUUGGACAGUGGGAGGAUUGCUAUGGUUAAUGAUGAUCUUUCACUUAACCCAAUACUGCAUUAUUUCUGUAAAGUCUUUUUAAUAGUUGGUUCUAAAUGUUUCAGGUUUUGCUACAGUUAUUUCUAUAUGCUAAAUGCCUGACUCAGAUCAGUCUUGCGUCAAUUAAAACAAUUUGAAGAUCUGCCCCAUGGUACAGAAUUAUUAGAAGCUAAUUCUGGAUUGGGCCUCGGAUUAUGGAUAUGUUUCUCUUGAUGCUGCUGAAUUUCAGUGCAGCUUUUUAAAACUACCAUCACACAUGUUUUAAUGCACAGACUUGAAAACACUCAGUUUUAGCAAUUUAUUGUUCUUACUUUAGAGACAUGCUGUAUAUACAAAUAACAUUUGUAUUCAUUUUUUACAUAUGUAUCCAUUUGGACAGAUUUAUUAACAAAACUGCAAAAGCUGAGAUCUAAAGUAACAGAAAGGCAUGGAUGACCAGAAAUGUCCUACCUUUAAACUUAAUUUCAGUAAGUUUGUUUGUUUUUUUAGAUAUUAAAGGAGCACUCAUUUUUACUACCAAAAAGUACCAAACAAUAUUUAUGGAAGUAAUUCUUUUUACUUUUCUUUUCAAUAAAGUGCAGCUGACAUGUGAUUAAUAA